UUUCGUUUGGGGGAAAACCUGCACGGGGACAGAUAGUACAUAAUGAUUGAAUCGCUGUGUUCUUAGAUUUUUUGUUACGCAAAUUGAAUUAGGGCAAAUCUCAGCUAGGUUGAUCUCUAUUAUGAUUGACCUUUUUCCGCUGUGUUUUUGUUGAUUCAAUUUAGUUUAUUUUUGCUUGGAUUUAAAAAACAGUUAGGGCGAGAGGAUCAUGACGACAACAGAUCGGCCAGCCGGUGUUGAAGUUGGAGGCGAUCAUUUUGGUUAUGAUGAUUAUGAUCUUGACGUCUACGAAUAUAUGUCCCAUUAUGCCGGAUAUCUUUCAUUUAAUGACUCUGAUUUGGAUGGUAUGAUUACGACCCGGCGGCGGCGAGAGAGGAUGAUGAAGUUAAUAGGAAGAGAUGAUUACAGAUGCAGAACCCCCAGCGAGAUCAUAUGCGAUCAUCUUGCGCAUCUUGAUGUUGAUUUGAACAUCAUCAACGGACCUUAUCCUGACAAUCUUCCUGAUUGGAUUUCAUAUGACAGUUCUGAUCUCGAAGAUAAUGAUCCCGUCCGUGCGCGGAGGAAGAAAAAGGAACCUCAACUCCUUCUGCAGCUAUUAAUGGAGGAAUGUGGUGUUUUUUCGCCCGGGAAGAAUACUGCCCUACAAUCGUCGGCGACAGAGAAGGAGGAGGAGAGAAACAAGAAUACUGAUUAUAGUAGACCUGAUGAUCAACUGCCCAAGAUUCCCAGAUUAUCUACUCUGGUGAUGAUGAUGGCUGGUGGGUUUUUUAAGUUUGAUGAUGUAUGCCAUGAGGACAAGAAGAGAACCGCAACUUCUGUAGCGCUGCUGAAUCCUGCUGGAGUAAGAGUUUUCCGUGAGGUGAAGAAGGUAAAAAAAUUAAAAAUAAUCACCCAAUUUUCUCCUUCAAUUAUGAUUGCUUGA